CCCAUCUGAUCACUCGUCACCUUUUCGUAGUCGUUUGUCCUCGAGCUAUGCUCGAGCCAGGGGGAUGCAGAGCGGCCCGGUGACGCCGCCAGGCCCGGCCUCGUCGGGCGCGCGCGCCUGGGCUUACGGCGCUCUUGAGCGGCCCGCGGCGGGGGCUGCGGCGAUAUGCUCUCGUGGCUGAAGGGCUCGGACGCGCACAGCCGAUGCGACGGCUCGGCGUUCGCGACCGUGACAGAGGGCCUGCAGGAGCUGUACCGGGACAAGCUGCUGCCCAUCGAGCAGGAGCACCAGUUCCACAAGUUCUAUUCCCCUGAGCUCACCGACGCGGACUUCUCCGCCACCCCCAGCCUGGCGGCGCGCACGAGGUGGCCGGCGGGAGAGGGGGCGGCCUCGUGAGAAGGCGAGGGGGCGGGGGCUUCCGAGGAGGCAGGUGCUCUCUUAGUGGGACUUGGAGGGGAGGGCUUCUAAGAAGCCAGGAGGGCUUCUAAGAAGCCCCCUCUGCCAACAUUUCUUUGAAGAUCCCACGCCUCCUCACAUAGAAAACGCCCGUCCUCUGCGUUACCUCUUGUCCACGCCGCCAAUCCAUGGUGCUCCUCAUGGGACAGUACUCCACAGGGAAGAGCACCUUUAUACGCCACCUCCUGCAGCGAGACUACCCGGGCCUCCGCAUCGGGCCAGAGCCCACGACCGACAAGUUCGUCUGCGUGCUCCACGGGGACACCGACUGUGCAACCCCGGGUCACGCCCUGGUGGUGGACAAGACGCUUCCCUUCACGCAGCUCAGCCACUUCGGCAACGCCUUCCUGAGCCGACUGGAGGGCGCCAAGCUGGACAGCCCCGUGCUCGAGGGUAUCGCCCUCAUCGACACGCCAGGGGUCCUCUCGGGCGAGAAGCAGCGCAUCCAGCGCGACUAUGACUUCGAGGCCGUCGUGAAGUGGUUCGCCGACCGGGUGGACAUGAUCCUGCUUCUUUUCGACGUGUCCAAGUUGGACAUAUCCGACGAGUUCCGCCGCGUUAUCUUGGCGGCUCGCGGAAACGAUCACAAGGUCAACAUUGUGCUCAACAAGGCGGACGGUGUGACGACCCAGCAGCUGAUGCGCGUGUACGGUGCUCUCAUGUGGUCUCUUGGUAAGGUGGUCGACAAUCCGGAGGUCUCGCGGGUGUACGUGGGCUCCUUUUGGGACGAGCCGCUGAAGAACGAGCACUUGCGCGAGCUGUUUGAGCAGGAGGAGAACGACCUGUACACGCAGAUCGCUCAGCUGCCCCGGACGUCGGCGGUGCGGAAGGUCAACGACCUCAUCAAGAGGGCCCGGCUCGCCAAGGUGCACGCCUUCCUGCAGGACCACCUGUACAGCAAUAUGCCGACCUUUUUCGGGCACGCGCAGGAGAAGGAGAGGAUGCUCCGAAGCCUGCCCAGCAUCUACCAGCAGAUCGCCACGCAGAGGGGCCUGCCGCUGGGCGACUUCCCAGACCCCAGGACGAUGCAGCAGAUCCUGCAGCCGGCGGACUGGUCGGCCUUCAGGCCCCUCAACCCCGAGAUGCUGGAGCUCCUGGAGACGCUGCUGAACGUGGACCUGCCCGAGCUGCUGCAGCUCAUACCUGAGGAGCAGAGCCGCACCGGUGUCAACGUAGCGGCCGUGCCGCAGGUCGCGGGGCAGGCGUCCCCGUUCGCGGUAAUGAAGGUGGGGGGCGCCAGCGAGCAGUCGGCGUACGCCAAGUACUACACCGUGCCGCCGAAGACCGCCGACUACAAGGCAGAGUUCGAGUCGCUGAAGCCGCAGGACGGCCGGCUGACAGGGCAGCAGGCCAAGGCGAAGAUGGUCGAGAGCCACCUGCCCUCCAACGUGCUGCACAGGAUAUGGGCGCUGUCCGACAUCGACAAGGACGGCGCGCUCACCCUGCCGGAGUACGCCCUCGCGAUGCACCUCAUCAACAUGAAGCUGAAGGGGCAGGACGUGCCCGUGGAGCUCCCCGACGAGAUGCUGCCCCGGGAGCUCCGGCCGCCCCGGGGCCUCGGCGACCCCGCGGCCGUGGCCGCGGCGGACGAGGCGGCCGCGGCGGCGCACGCCGUGGGCCCGUGACCCGCGGCGGCCGGGGCACCCUCGUCG